GACUGCAAAAUAUUUGAUCACAUGAUCACAAGAUGGAGGACGUACCGCCGGUAUCAGAUAUUCCACAACAAAAACAGAAGAGGUAUGAUGAUAUCAAAAAUACAUUUCUUAAGAAGUAUGGAAACCCACCGGAGUUUUUCGCAAGAGCAUCGGGCAGAGUGAAUAUCAUAGGGGAACAUAUCGACUACUGUGGCUAUUCUGUGUUGCCAAUGGCGAUAGAACAGGACAUCAUUAUCGCUGUGUCACAUAGUAGCACAACAGACAAAAUCAUGCUCUCAAACAUGAAUCCUUCUUAUCAAGAUUUUCAGUGUAGCAUAAAAGACUUUACAAUCAGUAAAUCAGACCCACAAUGGUUCAAUUACUUCCUGUGUGGCGUGAAGGGAAUACUGGAGUAUGCUAAGCCAAAUGCACUUCGGGGAAUGACCUGUAUGGUCAGUGGAAAUGUUCCGGCCAGUUCUGGACUGUCCAGUUCUAGUGCUCUAGUCUGCUGUGCUGCCCUAGCCACAAUGUACGCCCAUGGGUACUCGAUAGCCAAGGUAAAGAUAUCAAUAACCAUAGAUAUGGUUCUGGUUGCAUGA